CUGGUCAAUUCGGCGUCACGAUUUGGCUCUCCCACGAACAUCCUCCAGCAACCGUCUGGCGAUGAAGCCGACCCGGUCGAUCAACCAUCAUCACCAUCGCUCCUCUCGAUCUCCUUUCCCUCCAAGAUAUGGCAAAGCUGGAAAGACGACGCACCAGACCCUACAGAACGCACGGUCGGCUUUCCUCAUCAGUGGACUGUUCUUAAUCCCGGCUGGCGCUACGAGCGCAUCACUGAUGCCAAUAACGAUGCCUACGUUCGCGACAACUUCAACGAUACCAUCGCGAACCUUUUCACGAGUAUGAAGGACCCCAUUCUCAAGGCCGACUUCCUGAGAUAUCUCAUCCUUCUUCGUGAAGGCGGCGUGUGGGCGGACAUCGACGUGUACCCUCACCAGCCCGUGUCGAAGUGGAUUCCGGACGAUUUGCUCGGUUCGGUCAACCUAGUCAUCGGCAUCGAGAACGACCACCACAAGACACCUAUCUGGCCCGGGUCCCCAUACUCGGUCCAGCUUUGCCAGUACACAGUCCUGGCGAAACCAGGACAUCCGGUUAUCCAGACGCUGGUUGACCAAGUCACGCACGACCUCCGGACGCUACUAGAUUCCAAGUCCGAAGGUGCGCCCAUCACGUUCGAAAAUGUCAUGGCCACCACGGGACCCUUUGCAUUCACAAAGGUAAUGAUGGACUACUUUUCGCAAGUCACGGGCGAGAGUCACACGGGCGACGAACUGGAUUCGCUUGAUUCUCCGCGGAAGAUUGGCGAUGUGCUAGUAUUGCCGAAAGAAAGCUUUGGGUGGUUGGCUCACGAGAACACCCAUAAGAAGGGCGACCCGGCUAUUCUUGUAGAGCAUCUGUUCAUAGGCUCAUGGCGGCAAGGCCACCCAGGCUGA